AUGGUUACAGAAGUGAAGCAGUAUGGUGCAACGUUCAAGCUUGAUUAUAGCUUAGUCUAUUGGAAUUCAAGAUUGGAACACGAGCAUCUGAGGCUAAUUUCUAAAUUCCAGGCAGGGGACAUUAUUUGUGAUAUGUUUGCUGGGAUUGGUCCAUUUGCAAUUCCUGCAGCACAGAAAGGAUGCAUAGUAUAUGCAAAUGAUUUGAAUCCAGAUAGUGUUCGCUAUAUGAAAAUUAAUGCUGAAAUUAACAAGGUUGAUAAUCUAAUUCACGCAUACAAUAAGGAUGCACGAAAAUUUAUUGCUGAGCUGUUGAUUGCACCUUCAAGUGAAGGUAAUUCUCUAUCAAAUGAAGUCAGCUCAAAGUCUUGUGAGAAAUGGGGCAUGCAUGAAAAUAGGAAAACACACUUUGAAGACAGUUGUCUAACUGACAAGGUGGUCGAAAUACCAGAAGAGAAUUUAAGUAAUUCUGAGAGUAUAGGACAGUUAUGUAUGAAGGACGAUUCAAAUUUAGCCACAGCAAAAAGGAGUCCUGGAAGUCCACUUGAAGAAAACGGAAUGGCUGAAUGUGCAAGUACAUGUGUAAGUGGUAAGAAGAAACAAGGCUUAAAUAAGCGCCCGAGAGGCUGUGUGUCAAUCAACACAAGGCCUUGGGAGCACAUUGAUCAUGUCAUUAUGAAUCUUCCAGCCUCUGCUUUACAAUUUCUUGAUGCCUUUAGAGACCUCGUCCAGAUGAGAUAUUGGAAAGGAUCUCUGCCUUGGAUUCACUGUUAUUGCUUCAUGCGAUCAACUGAGACCAAGGAAUAUAUAACAUCAGUGGCGGAGACUGCAUUGGGUGCUAGUAUACAAGACCCAGUGUUUUUUCGGGUCAGAGAUGUUGCUCCAAACAAGGCAAUGUAUUGUUUAAGCUUCAGAUUACCAGAGGAAGCAUGUGUCACUGGUGAUGGUUGGAUAUAA